AUGGUCGUUGAGCAUGGUGUUCGUGCCUAUCUUUUUUCUUUUGAGCACACCCACAAUCCAACGCGUCGGAAAAGAGAGCCGACGCGGCCGAGAUCGAUCGAUCGAUCGACGGUGGCAUCGGAGCCGGCUGUGCUACCCGAGGAUGCCCUCACGGAGGUGCUCCGGCGCCUCGCGCCGCACAGCCUAGCCGUAUCCCGGCUUGUCUGCAGGGGCUGGCGCGAUACUAUCAACGCCCGCCUGCGCGGCCACCUGCUAUCCCGCUCGGUGGACGGGACCUUCAUCAACUUCACCCAGCUUAGAUUUUCCGAGUUCUUCUCAUGUCCCUCGAUGGGCCCGGCGAUCUGUGGAGGGCUCAACUUCUUGCCCUGCAUGGGCGUCAGGGUCAUGGACCACUGCAGCGGGCUCUUGCUUUGCCGCGGUCUGGGGCACGAGUGCGACAAGGCACUGCCGAGCGAUUAUGUCGUCAACCCGGCCACACGUCGGUGGACGCGUUUGCCCCAAUGCCCUCCGCCACACAUGCCGGGAUUCGACCAGAGUGCCUACCUCGCGUUCGAGCCAGGCGUGUCGCCGCAGUACGAGGUCUUUCUAAUCCCGCGAGUGCUGUGUGCCGGCGUGUCUGACGAUGAUGCAUUGCUUGGAUCAGAGUGGCCUCCCGCAUCAUACGUCAUUGAUGUGUUCUCGUCGGUGACUCAGUGGUGGGACACAACGACCUUCGUUCGGGAAGGGGAGGCCCCAGAGAUCAUUGGCUACAUGGAUUCACAUUGGUGGUAUAAUCGAUAUCAUUAUCAUGCCGUCUACUGGCAAAGCAAUCUCUACAUCCAUUGCCAGCAUGGCUAUCUCAUGAGAAUGUGUUUGUCAGAUCACACAUACAGAGUAAUUAAACUACCAGGUGUCAGUCCAUAUUUACCUAGAGGAUAUCCAAACCACCAUUUGGGUAAAUCACUGAGAGGGGUGUAUUGCGCAAUAUCUCAUAAACGGAGUCCGCUUCAUCAGAUUUGGCAUCUCAAUGAAUCUUGCAGCCGAAUAGAAUGGGUGCUAAACCAUGAUACCACUCUUAAGACCUUUGAGCAUGAGGACUAUGCUCAACAACUGGGUAGACAAUGGAUCUUACAGGAUGUUAACUACCAUAAGUUGUUCUUUGAGCGUAAUGAGAAAUAUGAUUGGAACUCUAAUGAGGAUAACAUUCUUGACAUUGAAUAUGAUGUUGAAGAGGGAUAUGAGGAUACCAUUCUUCACGUUCAAGAGGGAUAUGAGGAUAAUGGUCUUGACUUCGAAGAUGAUGUUGACGAGCAUAACAUUCUUGAAGACAGAUAUUAUGGAAAUUAUUAUUUUCUCGGGUUUCAUCCUUAUAGAGAGAUUGUCUUCUUAAUUUCAUCAGGGAGAAAAACAAGAGGACUGGCCUAUGAUUGGAACAGCUCAAAAUUUCAGGACUUGGGAAAUGUGGGUUCAGCAUAUUACGACCCCAUCUGUGGACUACCAUGCGGAGAGACACAUGCAGCUUUCCCGUACACGCCUUGUUGGAUAGGCGAGUUUCCAGGAAACGAAAUAGAAUCGCUAUAUAAAGAUCAAGAGCUAUCUAGGAAAAAGUUGGAGUUGGAAGAGGAAUCCAACCUUACAUGCAUGGACAUAUACGAGAUGCGCAAGUUCCAUAGGCAUGCCAAGAGGAUCAAGGACUCUGCUGCCAAGAGUCGGCGCAGACGGCACUAGUAGGAACCCACCUUCACCGACAUGAACUUUAAGGCAACCUAGUUCAGACCUUGGCAAGGGCAGCAAGAAGCUAGACUGUGGAAGUCAAAAGGUAAUGCUAGGCAGGGCAAAAGAAAUUACUACGGCUGGCUGUUUCUACAAAGAAAACUGUGGGCUGCAGAUUGCCUGCAAAAACUAGGAUGACCUCACGAGGAAAAAUGCUGCUUCCGCGACCGAGUGCGAAUUGUGAGACCUAAAACAUCUGAUGCAAAAAGCUCUAAUGAAAUAAAGAAGGUACUGCCUGCUAUAUUGCUUGAUAUAUAAAUACUGGUGGAAUUAACCACCAUGUA